CCUAACCCCCGAAAGGCCUGACGGGUAAUCUAAGAUGGCGGCCGAUCCUUGGCCCGAGUUGGGCCGGCCGGGAUGGAGAGCGGCUGUCCCGCGGGGAAGCGGCCCGGCGGCUUCGGGCCUGCUCCGUUGCGGAAGACCAGUGGAGGCCGUCGCAUGAGCUCUUCCUGGUUUCGGACAAACCUUUGGAUUUGUAGGGCGCCAUGGAGAAAAUGGCCAGGGUGACCACCGCUCUUGGUGGCAACACGAUCACGGGGCGGACCAUGUGCUGCCACCUGGAUGCCCCUUCUAAUGCCAUCAGCGUGUGCCGGGACGCUGCUCAGGUGGUAGUGGCCGGGCGCAACAUUUUCAAGAUCUACUCCAUCGAAGAGGACCAAUUUGUGGAAAAACUCAACUUGCGUGUUGGACGCAAACCAUCUCUGAACUUCAGCUGUGCUGACGUGGUGUGGCACCAGAUGGAUGAGAAUUUGCUGGCCACGGCAGCCACGAAUGGGGUGGUGGUAACGUGGAACCUUGGCAAACCCUCUCGGAACAAACAGGACCAGCUUUUCAUGGAGCACAAGCGGACCGUGAACAAGGUGUGCUUUCACCCUACUGAGGUCUAUAUGCUCCUUAGCGGGUCUCAGGAUGGCUACAUGAAGUGCUUCGACCUACGGAAAAAGGAUUCGGUCAGCACUUUCUCAGGUCAGUCGGAGAGCGUGCGCGAUGUCCAGUUUAGUAUCCGCGACUACUUCACCUUUGCUGCCACCUUUGAAAACGGCAACGUUCAGCUGUGGGAUAUUCGCCGGCCCGACCGCUACGAGAGGAUGUUCACAGCCCACAAUGGACCUGUGUUCUGUUGCGAUUGGCAUCCAGAAGACAGAGGCUGGCUGGCCACAGGCGGCCGAGAUAAGAUGGUGAAAGUCUGGGACAUGAGCACCAACCGGGCCAAAGAGAUCUACUGCGUGCAAACGAUAGCCUCCGUAGCCCGGGUCAAGUGGAGGCCCGAAUGCAAGCACCACAUCGCCACCUGCUCAAUGAUGGUGGACCACAACAUCUACGUCUGGGAUAUCCGGCGCCCCUUCAUCCCUUCCGCCAUGUUCGAGGAGCACAAAGACGUCACCACCGGGAUCGUCUGGCGUCACCUGCACGACCCUUACUUCCUCCUCUCGGGAUCCAAGGACAGCACCCUUUACCAGCACAUCUUCAAGGACGCCAGCCAGCCUAUCGAACGGGCCAACCCGGAGGGCCUCUGCUACAGCCUCUUCGGAGACCUGGCUUUCGCGGCCAAGGAGAGCCUCAUUUCCUCCGACUCGAACCGGAAGCCCUACCUCGGCGACCGCCGCCAUCCCAUCUUCUUCAAGCGGAAGCUGGAUCCCGCCGAGCAGUUCGAGUUCAUCUCCUCCUCCAGCGCCCUCAGCGUCUUCGAGGCCGAGGUGGGGUGCGACGCCAGCAGCAUGGACUGGUUUGUGCGAACGGCCAAGCAGUACCUGCUGGCGGGGCGACCGCUGGCCGAGCUGUGUGACCACAACGCCAAAGUAGCCAAAGAGCUUAAGCGCAACCAGGUUGCUCAGACGUGGACCAUGCUCCGGAUUAUUUAUUCAAGCCCUAACACAGUCCCUGCCACGAACCUCAAUCACAGCCUGGGAAAAAGUAGCUCUAGUCUUCCGCUCAUGAAUAGCUUUAACUUGAAAGAUAUUCCCUCUGGAAUAGGCACUGAGUCACGGCUGGAAAGGACCAAGGGGGAAAACCGUCCUGAAGCCAUUCUCAUGGACUCCUCCUCAACUCUGAUCAAUAAUGACGAGAACGAGGAGACAGAAGGAAGUGAUGUUCCUGCCGAUUAUCUCCUGGGCGAUGUGGAAGCCGAUGAAGAUGAUCUGUACAUGAUGGACCAUGAGAAUCCUCACACCGAAGAACAAGAGUAUAUCCUUCCCCAGGAAGCCUUUCCUUUACGCCACGAGAUCGUGGACAACCCCUCUGCACUGGACCAUCUGCAGGAUAAAGCCGACUCGCCUCACGUCAGUGGCAACGAGGCGGAGACGGUGUCUCUCACCCCCGUGGAAUCGUUCUCCCUCAUUUCCAUUUCACACUCCCUCUACGAGAAUCGCCUCCCGGCUGAUUUCUUCAACCCCAUUGUCCAUGACAUGCUGCUCUUCUACGCCGAGCAAGGAGAUGUCCAGAUGGCCGUCUCGAUCCUGAUUGUGCUGGGGGAUCGCAUCAAGAAAGGGAUUGAUGACCAAACACAGGAACAUUGGUACAUGUCGUACAUUGACCUCCUGCAGCGGUUCCAGCUGUGGAACAUCUCCAACGAAGUGAUCAAACUGAGCACCUGCAGGGCCGUCCACUGCCUCAACCAGGCCUCCACCACCCUGCACAUCAACUGCAGCAACUGCAAGCGGCCGAUGAGCAACAAGGGAUGGAUCUGUGACCGGUGCCGGCAGUGUGCCAGCAUGUGCGCCGUGUGCCACCACGUGGUCAAGGGCCUCUUUGUGUGGUGCCAGGGCUGCAGUCACGGGGGUCACCUGCAACAUAUCAUGAAAUGGCUGGAAACCAGCUCCCAUUGUCCUACGGGAUGCGGUCACCUUUGUGAAUACACCUGAAUUUAAGAGAACAUCGAGAACGUCCACUGGGCCGUGAAAUCCUGGGGGGGGGGGGAGGCUGCCUAGAACCGAGAACCUCACUUUGGGGCAGGGGGGAGGGAGGGAGGAAGAGCGGGAUAGUCACCGUGGUUGCUGAUCUAGAUAGCUGCCCUGAAACCUCACCGGGUGUGAACUUGCAAAAUGGGCCGUGGUUUUUCCUGAAAAAAACAACAGCAGCACAGCCACAUGUUCAGGAGAUUCUGUUAGGAAAAAAUAAUAAUAACUUAAGCAUUUUCUUCUAAUGUCGUGCUCUGGAAGGCAGUUUGUUCUAUACAAAGCCUGUUUUAUUAGCCCCAGGGUGGCUCCAGAAAUUUUCAGGCCGUUCUUUUUAUAUCGAAUUAAACAAGUUGAAAUUUACCGCAUUCUUAUUUGCAUUUGCAAAACUUUCUGUAUAAAGGCUUCUAAAUAACUGGCCAGCUACGGAACAGGAUUCAGUCUAUCUCCUCAAAAUAAAAAAAUAAAAAAUCUGUAUUUUACCGAU